AUGCUCGGAUUAUUGAUUUCCCUUUCUUCAUCCCUGAUGGAGCCAGGCCGUUUACGCCGCCGUAUCCUUGGUGAUGAUAACUAUACAUUCUUAACAUUUUCUCAGAACAUAGAUCACUCAGAUCCACAAAAAGGCACAUUUAAGCAACGCUAUGAAGCUCUCUUCGAUUAUACAACAGAUAACAAGACAGCAAUUCUUUUCAUCGGUGGCGAAUCCGAUACUUUCAGACCACGCGCUUUCAAUGAUUAUAUGGCAACUCUUUGCAAGGAAUUCAACGCUGCAUUUUUCAUGCUUGAGCACCGCUACUUCGGUGAAUCAUUCCCAACAGAUUUAUCCUAUCCAAACAUCAAAUAUCUCACAGUUGACAACGCAAUUGACGAUCUCUACAACUUCAAGGUCAAAAUGGUCGAGCAAUACAAAAUGACCGACUCCAAGUGGAUCCUUGUCGGCGGAUCAUACCCAGGUCUCUUAUCCGCAUACACAAGAGCCAAAUAUCCAAAGGAAUUCCAUGCUUCCAUUGCUUCCUCCGGUGUCGUCAUUGCUAGCAACAACUACGAGGACUUCGACCGUCAGAUCGCCAUCUCUCUUGGCCAAUCCUGUGCUUCUGUCGCCCGUGAAAUUCGCCGUAGAACAGACGAGCUUCUUGAGACAGAUCCAGACUGGCUUCUUGCUACCUUCAACAUGACCGGCCUCGAAAAGGAGAACUUCCCACUUGUUCUCGGUGAAAUUUUCUCUCUUGGUGCUCAAUAUGGCCGUCGCCAGCAACUUUGCGGGCCAUUAGAGGACACACUCAUCACAGGAGCCGAUCCUGUCAUGGCCAUUGCCAAGUACACUCGCGAAAUCUUUACUCCAAAUUACGCUGAUGAUGAUAUCAUCGGAACAUACUCGAAUUCACGUCUCAGCGUUACAUCAACACCAAAUGGCCCACGUGCCUGGCUCUGGAUGACAUGCAACGAGCUCGCAUACUGGCAAGUCAACUCCGGAAGAUUGACAUUACGUUCUAAGAAGGUUACACAGGACUUCUUCCUCAACCAGUGCAAGACAGUCUUUUCCGAUGAGAUGAAAACACCAGAUACAGACGCAUGGAACCAGAAAUGGGGAGAUCUUCUCAAGAAGACAUCAAGAAUUUACUAUCUUACAGGAUCACAAGAUCCUUGGACACCUGUUUGCUACACAGCUGAAGACUCUGAUAAGAUUGGUCCAAACUGUUACGUACACACAAUCGUUGGCCAGGAAAUCGGACAUUGCAGAGAUCUUUCAUCUCCACAACCAUCAGAUCCAACCGAUUUGACACGUACAAGAGAACACGUGAAGGCAGUCAUUCAUAGGUGGCUCGCCGAAGAUUAA